AUGUGACAAUUGAGCUACAAUUAUACAGUUUUAAGUGGUAUGACGUUUGGAUGAAUUAUAUAGAUGCAUCGCAUAUAGCUGGUUUGAGGAUUGUAGAUGACUUUACUGAAUUUCAACCAGAUUUGAAUACAUCAUCGAAGAAACCAAUGGCAUCUUCAACAACUGAUCGCCUACUGACAUUUAUUUCGGCGGUGUGUGUGCUGGGGAUGGGAACACAAGUGGAUCAGACCCACGCUUCAUGCGAGGCGAUUAGGAUUCCUUUAUGCAAAAACCUGCCAUAUAACAUUACUAUUAUGCCGACUAUUUUGAACCAUCUUAAUCAGGAAGAUGCUGGAUUAGAGUUGAGUAGGUUUUCAUCACUUGCUGAAUCCCAGUGCAGUCCUUAUUUAAGAUUUUUCCUCUGCGUAAUUUAUGCCCCAGUGUGCACAGUACUUGAGGAGGCCAUACCGCCCUGUCGUUCUUUGUGUACUAAAGCCAGAGAUGGAUGCGAGUCAUCAAUGGAAAGACUGAGGAUGGGAUGGCCGGCCAGGUUAGCGUGUGAAAACUUCCCACCGGCAGGACUGUGUGUCGGAGAAUAAUCUCAUCGUGUUCAUCCCUACAUUGAUAUAUGGAAUUGAAACUGUUGAUGACCUUCCCAAACAUGUUACAAUUUAAUGCUUGUAUAUUAAUUUGAAGCAAUAUUGAAAUGAACAUGCAUAUAUCACAUAUAGACUUCUGAACUCUAGCAAAAGAUUUACAUUCUCCUCUUCAGAAAGAGACUCAUCACCCCCACAAUAGCCAAUGAAUACUGAUAAUACAAUUCUCCUCUUCAGAAAGAGACUCAUCACCCCCACAAUAGCCAAUGAAUACUGAUAAUACAAUUCUCCUCUUCAGAAAGAGACUCAUCACCCCCACAAUAGCCAAUGACUACUGAUAAGACAAAAGUUUUUCACAAUUGUUAUCCGUCGUGAAAAAUCUUGUAUUUAUUACAAACAAAAACGAAAGGAUAAGUAUCCUCUAGAAUAUCAUAAAUACAGUUUGGACUAGGAAUGAUAUUGUAUCUAAAUAAAUCAUAAUUCAAUAUACA